AUGAUGAACCGGAUCCCCCUCGAGGUUCUUCUCCAAAUCGCCUCACAUCUCGACACCCAGUCCUGCUUUGCAUGUCGCGCUGUCUGUUGUUACUGGGCCGACGCAUUCAUCCCCUCCUGCUGGCAUACCGUCGACAGCCUGCGCUCACCCUGGAAACAGAUCCUAAAGUCGCCCAACUCCAUGCAGACACCAGAGGAACGGGAGAUUCAGAUGCUGAGAGUAUGGUCACUGCUGCAACGAUACGGUUCACAUAUCAGGGACAUCACCAUCCGUGACGACGGUUUACUGGAUGCAGCUAUCAAGGCUCGCCUCUCCCGUCUGGACUCCCUUACCAUCUGUGGAAUCGUCAACGAAUACGUCUAUGGUCAGGAGUCUGCCUUUAUGGCCGUCAAGAGGCAGCAGGAGCAGUCAUUGGAUCAUACGACGACGAUGAUGGUAACAACAACAGCGACAACCUCUGCCGAGGCAACCCUUGACUCCUGGUCGGACCUCCCUUCAAUGACCCUGUUUGACACGAGCUUUCGUAAACAAUGCCUCAUGAGUCGGACCCAAGGAUGCUGGCUAUUGAUCACAAAGAACCCUGGACUGCGUCGACUGGAAUUCAAGAACCAGACGAGCUACACCAUCUUCCCAUUCAAGUCUUUUCCACCGAUACCAACUACGACAUCAAUACCCAGCAGAGACUUUGUGGAAAAACUUCUGGCCGGGCUACCAUACCUGAAUCACCUGGCGAUGGAAAAACCAGUGGCAGAAUUUGUCCUUGCGAACCUGGGAACUCGAUAUCGGAACAUCACGUCGUUUGUCCACCUAAACGCUGAAGACUAUGCGAACGGGAUCCUCAGCAAGUCUGCCACCUCUACAACCCUUCGACGACUCAAAUUGCAACGGCGAAUCGAUGCGGAAAAUCUGGUGAGAAUAGGCAGAAUCUUUCCCGAGCUCCGUGAGCUUUACUUGUCGGUCGUCCAUGUUCCUCCUCAUUUCCAGCACUCUCCCGACGACAGCGAUGACAACUGUGUUGGUGGGCAGUCCAAGGAACCACCAUUGUUCACAAAACUGGAGUACCUCUUUGCUGCCAACAUUUUUGAUAUUGCAAGUCUUUCUCGAGCUGGAAUCCGACUCCCCGCUGUGAAGAGGGUUGACCCCACCAUCAAGUUCAGGACGCUUGCUUACCUCUGGAUUGUAUUGAGGGCCUAUCCGACUUUGGAACAUCUGGAUGCUAUGGAGACCUUUUCCGCAGAUCGACGCUACGGAGACGCUUUGGACCCGGCCUCGUUGAAGCCCACUUCAAGUCUGCGUCUGAGAACCUUUAUACUUUCUCACGGCCCGGCGUUCGGAUUAGGAGUCGGCGGAAUGCUGGAAGUCAUGCCCUUGCUGACACAUCUGGAACUUGGACUCAUCCCACCUUCGGCACUUGAGGUCAUGGCAAAGAACUGUCGGAACCUAGAGCAUCUGCGGUUCAACCUCGAGCAAGGAAAUGGGCAUAAGGAGCUCAACAAACUCUUUGAGGUUUGUUCGAAACUCAAGGUUUGCAGAGGAAAGGGACACGAGAUUCUUGGAGGCGACUUUGUUGAGAAUCACAACUGGACGUGCUUUGGACUUCAGGAGCUGGAUCUUAAGAUUGUCGGCAUCCCACGGAUGAGCAGGACCCAGGAACGUGUUUGGGAGGCGAUGCAGCAAGACCACCGAACCUCUGGAAGCACGGACGAGGAGCGAGCAGCAGCGACCCAACAACGCUACUCAUGUCAGUAUCAAAAGUCGGCUUAUAAGAACUUGGCCAAGUAUGUUCAUUUGCGGCACCUCAACCUCGGUGGUCUUGAUAGCGUACAGUCUGGGACGACAACAACUACUGGAGCCGAUCAUACUGCUCCCGACUGUUUGGAGCUGACUCUGGAAUCGGGACUUUCUGAGCUGGCAGGUAUCCGUUUUCUGGAGACACUCGGAGUGGGUGGGCUAAGUCAUCGAAUGGGGACAAAGGACCUGCAGUGGAUGUGCCAGCAUUGGCCACUGAAGAAAGUGAGCGGGCUGGAGUACCUGAGGGCGGAUCCCGACAACCAGCUCGAGGCGGAGGAUAUUCUCGAUCGGGUCAAAAUUAGCAUGAUGAUCUCGGGGAUGACCAACAAUAACAACAGCCGGUCGCCUUCGAGGACUGGGUUCUGA